CUUGUCGUCACAGCGACCGGUCGCGUUUCCACGGAGACGGUUUCCAUGGGAACGCGGGUGUGCCAGUGAGACGGUAUCCGAGGCGGAGUUUAAACGCGGGCUUUAAACGCUACAUAAUAAUUAUUAUCAGUAUUAUUAUAAGUGAGAGGAUUGGACAGAAGGGAGCAUGUCUGACACAACACCGCGGAGUGAGAAGGAUUAUGUUGGUCAGAUUAAAGGAGGUCUGCGUCCUGCUAUGAGAAUCAUAGUGAUGGGCAUCAUUCACAAACAGCCAAGAAGUAUGAUGGUGACGGUGUCCUGCCCACCUCGAGAAGGUGACGAGGAGCAGGAGGGUGACGUGGGGUUGCAGCUGACGAUCAAGUUCCCGGAAAGGGCCGUGAUCCGCAAUUACCGAUUGAACGGGAAGUGGGGAACGGAGGAAAGCAACCUCUCUUUCUUCCCUUUUGCUGCUGGAGAGUCUUUUAAAAUGGAGAUUGUGUGUGAACACCAGCAGUUCCGGAUCCUGGUGGAUGGUCAACCGUUAUGUGGAUUCACACACAGAGUGACCCAGCUGGCGUCCCUCACGUCCCUGCGCGUGGGUGGAGAUCUGCAGCUCACCAAAGUUGCAUGAAAACACAGGAGUCCUCAUCCAAAACAAAAAACAAAAAACAAAAACAACACACACACACACAGGCACUCAUAAGAUAACUGCAGACCAUUGACGCACUUAGUUCUUUCACGUAAAUGACCCUCCUUUAGACCCUCCCUUUGACCCUCUGUGCCGACCAUCGAGUCAGGAAAACUGCACACGGAUUCUAAUACAGAAUGCAAAAUAUUCCAAAGCUCCAGUCAACUGUGAUCUAUACCCCUGUGUAACACUCAGACCUCACGCACACGCGUAUGGAUAUUUCUGGAAACACAUUCGUUGUUCUCCUGUGUUUAAAAAAAAAAUGUCAACAAAUUCUUCGCUCUGCAAUCCACAGGGCUUCUGUAAAAGGCCAUGCCGGACCAGUAGGUGGCAGUAACGCAUCUUGUCCCUCAGCGCCAUCAAAUUCUAGCUUCUGAUUGGUCAGAAGGUGUUGGUUAAUUUUCUAAAAGAGCAGCUCUGACAGUAGUGCAGCUGGAAGUCACAGCUGUCUAUUAACGCGCUUAUCGUUUCUAUAGUAACGGCUAAUCCAGAGGGACUUAUACAGAAGAUGCUAGAUUAAAACUGCGUAAUCGUAAUCAUAUACGGUGCAUCCGGAAAGUAUUCCCAGCGCUUCAGGAAAGUAUUCCCAGCGCUUCAGGAAAGUAUUCCCAGCGCUUCACUUUUUCCACAUAUUUGUUAUGUUACAGCUUUAUUCCAAAAUGGAUUCAACUCAUUAUUUUCCUCAAAAUUCUACAAACAAUACCCCAUAAUGACAACGUGAAAGAAGUUUGUUUGAAAUCUUUAGCAAAUUUAUUAAAAACAGGUGUGUGCCUUUCCAAAUCAUGUCCAAUCAACUGGAUUUACCGCAGGUGGACUCCCAUCGAGUUGUAGAAACAUCUGAAGGAUGAUCAGUGGAAACAGGACGCACCCGAGCUCAGUUUUGAGUGUCAUGGCAAAGGCUGUGAAUACUUAUGUACCUGUGCUUUUUUUUAUUUUUUAAAUUUUUUUUAUUUUUAGAUUUCAAACAAACUUUUCUCACCGUUCAGCGCCGUGAAUACUUUCCGGAUGCACUGUAUGGUAUUCUGAACGUUUCUGUAAGGAGAUGUUUAUUUAGCAUUUAAGGACGGCGUUUCAACACUGACCAAAGCGCAGAGAAUAUGUUGUUUUCCAGAAUAUCCACGUGGACGUUGUUUCAGUGAUGCAAACCAGGAGCUGAAAUGUAUGAUUCAUCAUCAAUAACCCUGACUACGUUAGACUAAAUAAGCACGCUUUUAAUUAAAUAACACACCUUCUUUUUUUUAAACACAUUUACAGACUGCUACUUCAAAGGAGGCAAAGAAAAUCUCUGAGAUGUACUGCUACCUGCUACAACCUUGACUUUGACCUUGACCUUUGGCUCUUUCGUAUUCCAACAGAAGUGCCUUGACAAGUGCGUGCGUGUGUGUGUGUGUGUGUGUGUGUGUGUGUGUGUGUGUGGCUACACUGUCUUCAUGGAAGUAGUAAAAAUACAACCUGACUAACUUCAGAAAGCUCUCUGAGAGAUUUCUGAUGCAAUAUCUUACAUGGUGCUAAAGAACAGGGUGGGGUGUGUGUGUGUGUGUGUGUGUGUGUCUCACACACUUGCCUACGAUACACACUUUUAACACACACUCGGAAGUUCACGUAUGCUGCAUUAGAGUUCGCCUGUUCGCAUCGACAUGACGAACGCACGGCACACGAUAUCGACGUCUCUGAUCGAGAAACAAAAACAACCAAACGUCUCUCAAGAUGCCUUUGUGUGAUUUUGAUUCCGUAUAAAAACAAUAAACGUCUUUUUGAAAAGCGCUGA